AUGGGCGACAGGCACCCCUUCGCAGGCAGUGAGGUUAUUGAGGAUGGCGACAUCCAGGCGGCCAUUGACGGUCCCCUCAACAAUUGCCUGGUCGAGAGAGAGAAUGAUCUAUCCGAGGGUGCCUUCCUCCGUAUCCCCUCGACGCAAUGGGCGAAGACGUGUGCUGUUCCAGUUGAUAUCGACCAGUAUUACGAGAGAGUCGGAGCUUUAGCGGAACAGAUCAAUCCACAAGGCUUCCUGAAUAAUCGGCACGCCAGGCCUUCUGCACAGGCUGUCUGCUCGGGGCCCCGUGAGCACGGGCCAGCGACGAGGAAUCCUGCAUGGCCGCCACGGGGCUUUCGGAAAGAAGCGCCCACCUGGCUGGCUUCCCAAGCCCCUUGGCUCCAGCACGUCAGGCACAGGUUGACUCUCCGGCCAGGCUGGUCCAUUUACCCGGACGGCAACGGCACUUCCCACGAAGCGGGGCCACGCCGGAGGGAGGCAUCUUGCGUCAUUUUGGCUCGGGUGAUCCGAUCGCUUGCAACGGUGCAGAGCAACAAAUCUCCGAGACAGCACCGGGCCAAGCCACACAGAACUAUCUCCUGGACCAGCUUCCUGGUUGACGUCUUGGGGAGGGCCCCGCCGCUCCAGUCCCAAUGGAUGGUCAGCUCGCUGCCAGGUCCCGACUGCCCCUGACGAUGGUGGAUGGUGGAUGGUGGAUGGCACGAUGGGUCCCCUCGGUGGCGU